AUGAGUACUGUUAUGGAGGAGAACAAAAUGGAAAUUGAAACAAAUAGAGAAAAUGAAUGCGGAGGAAAGGUGAUGGAAGGGUCGAACGAAGGAAACAUCAACGGCGAAGUGUGCGUUAACAAUGUUAGCAAUGAGAAUAGCAACGGAAACGAUGAAAGCGGCCAAAACAACUGCAACAGCGGUGAGGGCGAUCAAAAAAGUGGCGACGACGAGAAAGGCAACGAAAACGAGAGCAAGGUAGAGAAUGAGGAGAACAAAAGCAGCAACCGAUGGGCGGACAUGUGCGAGGACUGUGAUGCUCCCUUAGUUGACACGUACAACGACGACAAGGAUAUGAAACACAGGACGACGGAUAGCAAUUUUAGCGACAUGAAUAGCAGCAUGAAGCAAAAUUAUUUCAUGUCAAACAGGAAUGACAUGAGCAACUUCUCGCCAAGUUACGAAGUGUACAUCCGGAACUUACACCUGGAGAUAACGAAGGAAGAAGUGUACAAGUUAUUCGAGGGAUAUCGCAUCAAAAGAGUGAAUAUUUUAAAUAAAAAGGGGAAAACGGCAGCAGCUUAUGUAGAGUUUGACAAUGCGGAAGACAUGAACAGAUCGCUGGAGAUAAAUGGAAAGAUGAUUUACUCGGGAAAUAACACAUUCGAGCAUGGAACAAUAUCGGUUAUAAUAAAUAAGGACAAGAUGAAAACUUUGCACACCAGUCAGAAGCAAAAUAAGUUUAAAAAGGUUAUCGGAAGGAACAACAACAGCUUUUCGAGCUUGCGACAGGGAAAUAACAAUAUGAGUAGCUUGAUGAGCAAUUACAGCGGAGGAGGGAAUAGCAGCCUGAAUAGCGGCAACAACAUGAGCAGUAGUAAUAAUAGCCCCUUCGGAAUGAGCAACAAUAUGUAUUACAAUGAUAGCAACAGAAAUUUGAAAAUGGAUAUGAAGGGGAACACUAUGAAUAGCAGUAACAGCAUGAGUUCAAGUUUUAGUAAUUACACACACAUGAAGUUAAAUUAUAUGAACAAUAGUAGCAGCAAUGCUGGAGGUGCCAUGCACAUGAACCAAGGAAGUAACAAUAAUGCCCACAUGCCAAAUGAAAAAAUUAAUACUAGUUCUGCGUUUGCCUUUAAAAGUAUGAAUUAUGCCAACAGUAGCAACAACAAUAAUGCGGGCAAAAAUAUCAGCAUGAACAGUGAAGGCAAUGCGAAUACGUCUGCCAUACCAGAACAAAGGAAAAAGCUAGUCCUGAAGAAGCGUACAGUGCCUUUGGAUCAAAAGACUUAUGUUAUCAACCCAAGUAUCUUUGGAGAGGCCAAACCGGUUGAUACCAACCCAGAUAAAAUUCUAGCCGAUAACGUUACCAAGGAGAAGGAGUCAAAUGCUACUACGAAUAACGAUGGCGAAGAAGCGGAUAAGAAAGCGGAAGGACAGGAAGAUGACAAGACGCAGCAGAAGAAAUCCAUCGGGAUGAACAAUGAAAAUGUUGGGAACAACAUGGACGACCCGAACACUAGCAGCGCCGGAAAUAAGAACCCCCUUAGCUACAGAAAAAACAUGAACGAAGGCAGAAAUUUUAACUUUAGUAGCAACCUCCAAAGCAGUAACAAUAAUAGUAACAGUAACAAUAGCGGUAAUAAUUCAGGGGACAAAUACUCCAACACGAAAAAGAUUUUCAUGGUGAAUAAGAAUAACGCCAGUAACGACCCCAGCAGUGGGAUAAAGAAAAGUUUGAACAGCUUUGAUAAUAACCAGAGCGGGGGAAAAAACAUAGGAAAUAGUGGUUUGAGCAGCCCGCGUAGCCCUAAUGCUAACAACCUUGGCCCGGACGCGAACAACAUGACCGGAAACUUAAGAAGGAUGAACUUGAGCAACAGAAGCAACAAAAAUGGAGACAUGAAUAAUAGUGUAAACUCUAGCCCAUUCGGUACGAAUGUAAAGAACAUGGAUGCAGAUGACAAGAAGGGAUUGAACCUGAGAGGAAUGCAUGAUCAUAAUAACGCCUUUGAAAAUAAAAUACUUGGAACGGCAAACGCACACGAGCAUGGAAAAAGAAAUAGUGCGUUUGGGGGAGGAAACCCAUCCGCGGAUGACUCAAAGGACAUGUUUUCGAACUUCCGAAGCGGCAACUUAAGAAUGGAGAAGAAAAGCAACGAUUCACCCUUUUCCAGCGGGAAGCAGAAGGAAUUAAACAUCAUCAAGAAGGACGACAAGGCGCAAAUCAAAAAUAUUAUUAUGAAGAAUAUAAAGCGGGAAGAUGGAGGGAAUAGCAACUACUCCGGGAACAACAACAAUGGAGAUGCUAGUGGUGUCAGUGGCGGAGGCUACAAACACAAGAGCGAAAGCGGUCCCUUCUUUCGUAACAAGGAUUCAGGAGGACUGGGUUUUAGGACAAGCAAAGCUGGAGCAUCUACUGGUGCAUCCAAAAUGAACGCGGACAAUGAUGGAGGCAAAGACAGUAUGAUGAAUUAUAAAAAGAAUAAUGAUGCGAAUGGUAAGAAAGGCGAAGAGCCAUUUGAGAAUAUGAACCGAGGCCCCAACAGAAAUAUCAACAGAAAUAACAGCUCCUAUGGAAAUGCCACUUCAUCUCAAGGAGCGAACGCGGGGGAAAGUACUGCCAAUAGCAGCCGACCUGGGGGAACUACGAAUACAGUAGCAGGAGCAGAGAGCUGCAAUACACAGGGAGGGGACAACUCCUACAGUUACAACAUUGAGAAUUUGUACGACAGUUCUUUGAAGUAUGUGAAAAACGCAAAUAACGCAAGUAAGGCAAAGAAAGUUACCGCUGUCAAAACGGUGAAGGUUAUCGCGACGGAGAAGAAGAACGAUGAUGACAAUGACUCAGAGGACUUGAAAGAUAAAAAUGGAAAGGAUGACCUGAACAAUGAUGGAGCGGUGGAUGACCAGAACGCAGGAACAGGUAGCGGCAACAACAACAACAACAGCACUAGUGGUGGCCAUGGAAAGGCAAUUGAUAAAAGUGGAAAAGAAGACAAAUUGAAUGAAGAUAAAAAGCUAGGAAAUAAUUACGAUGAUUCUGUCAGAAGCAAUGAUAACUACACGUACGAAUCGGAUAGUUCCGAGAAUUGCAAAGAUAUCACCACGACCAAUUUGAAGUCCACUCUGCUACACACUAAAACGAAAAAGAGAGUGAAAAAGAAAGCGGUCGAAGAAGGAGAACAGAACAGUGCAAAUAACCAAAAUGACGAAAAUGCACAAAAGGGGGAAGCAGGAACAACAGGAAAUAAUAAGGGGCAGAAAAUCGACAUUUUGAUGAAACCCAAUUUGAAGAAGGGAGAAAAUAUUUGGGAAGCGAGAACGCACUUGCUGGUGGAGCAGAAAGAGAACAAUCUGAAAAAUGAAAAAGGGUCAGAUGACAGCUCCAGGAGGAGUCGAUCCGCGUCGAACAGAGUGAGUCGCGGCAGCAGUCACGGCAGGGAUGGAAGUAGGAGGAGAGACAGUAAUAGCGCUAGGAGGAGGGACGAGAGCAGGGGAGACAGAUAUGGACGCAGAUAUGAUAGGCGAGAAGACCACCGAGAUGAUCGCCGGGACGAGCGUCGAGACGACCGAAAAGAUAGCAUCAGCAGCGGUAGAGAAAAAAGGGAAGAUGAUAGGAAGGAGGAAGAAAAGGAGGAAGACUCCUAUGAAUACAGAAAACAGAACCGAAGUUAUGAUAAAUAUAGCAGUCGAGACGACUACUAUGAAAGAAAGCGAAACGGAAAAUACGGCGCCCCCGAUAGAAGAGGAUACGAUAGUAAGAGCUACGCCUCGGACGAUAGAAGGAGGCAUGGCGAUUCGUAUGAUAGAGGCAGCUACAGAGAUAGCAACUACAAAGAUGGCUACGACCGGGGCAGUUACAAGGACAACUACGAUAGGGGCAGCUACAGGGAUAGUUACGAUAGAGGCAGCUACAGAGAUAAUUACGACCGGGGUAGCUACCGAAAUUCACACGACCGAAUAAGCUACAAGGAUAACUAUGAUCGCGGCAGCAACUACGUUGAGUACGAUAAAAUGGACAACAAAUACUAUUCAAACAACUACAAUUCCAUGAGGCAUAAAAACUACAAACACCAUCAUAAUUCUCAUGGGAAAAUAAGCAGCUAUAAUUACCAAAACAGCUACAAAUCGUCAGGCCAUUAUUAUAAGUACCCAGCGAAGGCAGGACCAGGAACCUACUACAGCAAUAGCAAAACUGUUAUCAAGGCGAAUGAGAAAGAGAAAACGGAGACCAAGGCAGAUAUACAGGCUAUCCCCAAAAAGGCUAUCGUCACCACUGUUAAGACGAACAACGUUUCGAUUAAGAAGAAUCGUUACGAAUGUUUGGAUGAUGGUGACGAGAGCGACAAGUGA